CCUGCAACGCAGAUCACGUAUCUUGCGAUAUAUCAAAAGUUACUUUCCAAUAUACUGGAUGGGAUUGCCGUGGUAACGCUGAUAUAUUGCGAUGGGCGAACCGCAGCGAGCCAAAAUACUAUGACUUUAUCCCCUCGAUUCAACGUUUUCACAGGUCAGAUGGUCGGGAAGGCGAAGUGGGAUCCGAGAGCGCGGAUAUUUAUGAAUCUUCCUCCUGGCGCAAUCAAUGCAUUGUGGGAGUCUUUCAACGAUGUUGCAGAUGGAUUUGGAAUAAGUCUAUGCGAAAUGCAGCUGAUUUGCCAGGAGCUCACCACUGAGCUAGAGAUCAGUCGAUCAGCGCUCAACAAACACGUCCAGACGCUCUUUAAUCAAAUCGAUUCAGAUGAGAAUGCACUCGUGGAUGGCAUUGAGUUUCUCUCAACACUUGCCAUGGCGUCGGGAAUGUCGUUUCGCGAUAAAUUGGAAUUCGCAUUCACAUGCUUUGAUUUUGAUGGCGCUGGGCAACUCAGUGUUGACGAAAUCACCCUGGCAUUUCGCUGCACCCUAAUGGGCUUGAGCAAGCUCACUGGUGAGACCUGCCCCUGCGAAGAUGAAGUGGAGCUCGUUGCUAUGCGGGCAUUUUCAUUUGCGAAAAUUGACCCAAAUAAAAACUCGCCCAGCAUAAAAUCUUCUGUCCAGGAGGCCAAGCUCCGAACUCUGGUGAACCUUGGCCUUGUGCCCUUUAGACACCCUAUUUUUGUAGGACCUGGUUGCUUUCUGUCUCUUUGAUCCAGUAGCUGUAUCAUGGCUUGAAUUUUUUGAUGAUCCUGACCCAAUGUCUUCUCAUAGUGGCGAACUUGAACGUGUGCUUACAUGCCCGCCACAUGAAUCAAUGUUUAAAUUGCUGUAGGUCGCAUUGAUGGUAAAUUUAGCGACGACACUAAGCUCCCCAUACUCUUAGAAUCAUUAGACUAUACCCCGACACUCCAAGAUAUUGAUUACUUUCAAGACGGCUGCUAUCCCUCUCCAACUACCGCCGCAUUUGCGGCUCUUGAAGGCUCACCCGAGCUAGCUGCUCACCUAACGGAGGUUUCAGCUAAGUUUCAAAAUCCACAUGGUGACCCUGAACCAUGGGUCAAGUCCGUUGCUUCGUUAACGCCGACUGCGCUUGCAAAUGCAACCGCAAAUCAAAGCUUUCCGGACGCUAGUCUUACGCUCGAAUGGGUGCACGGAUAUCGCGGUGAAGAUUGCAGGGGUAAUGUGCGAUACACGCUGACAGGCGAGAUCGUUUAUCCAGUAGCAAAGCUGGGCAUCAUCUACUCUCCGCUAGAGCAUCGCCAACGGUACAUGACAGGUCAUACCAAUGAAAUUGUCAGUUUAGGUGUGGCUCCCGAUGGAGACACGGUGGCUACUGGGGAGGCGGGUGCUCGACCUAAUUUGAUAUGCUGGGAUGUAACCUCUUGCAAGCCGCUUUCAAUCAUAGCCGGUCUACAUGCUAUUGCAAUUACGCAAAUAGCCUUUUCGCAGUCGGGCGAGCGCCUUGCUUCUAUUGGUGGUGAUGUAGGACGCACACUCGUAAUAUAUAACUGGCGCGUUGGUCUUCGGAUGUUUUCAGCACGCUCCAAUAUCUUGGGCUCUAUUCUUGGCAUGUCAUUUGUAGAUGAUGGCCCAGAUUCAAUUGCUGCGUGUGGUAUUGGCGAACCUUUUGCUUGUUUCUGGCGACGUGAGGGCGUGAAUAUCAUUCGGCGCCGUGCCGCAUUUGGAAGACGAGCUCGAAGGCAGCCAACCCUUUGCCUCGCCCGGUGUGGCGACGUAGUGCUAUCCGGACAGGCAUCCGGACACUUGUAUGUGUGGCAUGGACGUAACUGUGUUCAGGCUUUCCAGGCACAUAGAGGCUCAUUGAACGCUGUAUAUGUGGGCAAGUAUGGUGUACUUACCGGAGGAAAAGACGGAAAAGUAAGACAGUGGUCUCAUACACUCAAUCCUGGUGCCAGUUUUGAUUUGUCAGAGCUUGGCAUGCACCCAACAAUACGAUCAGUCUGCUUGUCUAAUGAUGGAACAAGGCUGCUUGUUGGUACCGGAGGAAAUGAAAUAUAUGAGCUAUCUGCCGUUGAUGGGUCGGAUGCUCUUGGUGGUCCCGUGACUACCUCCCAUUUUGGCAGAGCCAUGUGCAGCGUUGCAUGCCAUCCUCUGAAACCAGAGUUUGCAUCUUGCGGCGGCGACUGUACUGUACGAACGUGGGAUAUUGUCACCAAAUGCCCUGUGCGGACAGCAAAGCUGGCGGCGCCCGUCGGCUGUAUAGCUUACCACCCUAAUGGUGAUCUCCUUGCGUCAGGCUUCGGCUGCCCAAGUACUGCAAAUGAAGCGGGCAUGCCGCAAUCGAAAAUAGGUGGAUUUUGCGUUUUGAAUGAUAGCGAUCUAUCUGUUGCAUUCGAGGCUAAAGACUCUACACUCCCUCUUGUUGCCAGCCAAUUUUCGCCAGAUGGGGAAAUCCUUGCAUUUGCAAGCGAAGACUCAUCUGUCUAUUUGUAUGCAUGUGGAGAAGAGUAUGAGUCUAUAGGUCAAUGUAGACGCCAUUCGUCACCAGUGCGCUACAUUGACUUUUCUAGUGAUUCUCGUUGGUUGCGAUCUUGCUGUGAUGGCGGCCACUUGCAUUUUUUCAAUGCAAAUUCGGCACAAUACCAAAGUAAUCUGAGUGCACUCAAAGACAUUCGCUGGGCAAGUGAAACAUGUCUCUAUGGUUAUGGUGUGGCUGGAUCAUAUAUUGCGGCCAAGCAAGAUGGCGCCAUACUCACAGCCUGCGCGCGAGCUCAGGGUGAUAAUCCUGAAGGACCAGAAACAGGUGGCGGGUUCAUCUUGGUUGGUGACUCCUACGGGCGAAUUAGGCUUACACGUUUCCCGUCAAGGCACGAUGCAGCGUUUCUUGAAUGGCGUGGGCAUGCCGGUUCUGUGGUAGCUAUGAGCUUGGACUCUGAUGAAACUCAUCUGUUGACUGGCGGUCGCGACGAUCGCUGUGUCAUGCAGUGGGCUCUGGGAGAAGACGAACGUGGACUGGAAGACGCUGAUGAUAGAGAUGAGGAUGAAGUAGAAGAUUAUGCUCCUGAGUUGCGAGACUGUGGUGAUUUUCAACGCCACGAGGACGUUGAGACUGCCGUCGACCUCAUUAAUGAGCGUCCAUUAGCUGCUGAACUUAGGAUGUGCAAUGAGGUAGAGCAAACACUCGAGUUGGCUGGGAAUGCAGAAAGUAACAGUUUAAUACCACCCUACUCGCAUGAUCCGUGGUUUCUUGGAAUAUCAAUGCCUCCAUCGCAACAAUCAGAGCUUCAUAUGGGAGCUGCGCCCACUGACGCUGUAAUUCUGUCGCGGGUUUUUGGCUACAGCUGUGAGGCAAGCCGAAAUAACGCAAAGUACACCGCGUGUGGUGCUGUGGUAUACCCAGCUGGGGCUACUGUAGUUCGUGUGGAUGUUGGAAGCGGUGGGCAAUCUUUUGGUACUUUUCAUGCCGGCUCUGAAAUUUGUGCUCUUGCCAUAUCAAAAGACAGAUUAAUGUUGGCAACGUCAGAUAUUUCCGCAGAGCCGAAAAUUGCUCUAUGGGUGGCGUUAAAUGUUGCAGAAGGGCCAAGCAGAGUAAUACGCGGUCCGCAUUUGAAUGCCAUUACACUCCUUGCAUUCGAUGACGACAAAGGGAAGACCCUAGUAAGUUUAGGGGCAGAUGACCGUCACAUGGUCGCUGUCCAUGACGUGACAUCGGGUUAUCUACUGUUUAUGUCUUCUACUACUUGUCGCAAGCCCUUUGAUGUGGCCUUUGGUAACUUUGGAAGCGAAAUAGUCAUCGUUGGUAUCAAGUAUGUCCUUUUUUUUACAUUUCUUGCCAACCAUGCCGCCACGAGACAUGCUUCUGCAUCUUUUGGAAGGAUUGGUCGACUAGGUACGAUUCAAAGCUACCUCAGCUGCGCAUAUCUUCCUAAUGCCACUUGUGUCGUUGGUACUGCCGACGGUCAUCUCUAUGUGUUUGAGGGUUCUUCCCGUGAGCUUGCAAAAUCUAUAAAAGCCCACGACGGAUUUAUAUAUUCCAUGGAUGCACCUUGGCAUCGUGCGGAGCAGGUACGCGCAAUUGUGCUAGUCACUGGGGCUCGUGAUGGGGACGUCAAACUCUGGAACGGUGCCCUUGAAAUUAUUUCCAAAUUUGACAAUCGGGGUGCUGGUCCGAUUCGCUCGGUGUUUACUUCCGCAGAUUCAUCUAGAAUUCUGGUCGGUUCUCAAGCAGCUGCACAACUAAGAGAAUUCAGAACCUCUGAUGGUGUUCCUACGUCGGUGGCUCUUGCCGGUGGUGGCGCUGCAGCUGGCGAAUUAUGGGGACUAGCCCCACAUCCGGUAGAGAAAUGUGUGGCAACUGCCUCCGACGAUGGUGCAUUGGCAGUUUGGAACAUCGAGGCACCUGAUGUCCGAGAUGCACGAAGAUAUUUGACGAUGCUGGCCGGCGCUUGUCGAGCUCUGGCAUACUCUCCCGAUGGAAAACUGAUUGCAUCAUGUCUAGGUGGUCCGAGACAGGAGGCAAUGACCUUGGACUGGGCUAGGAAGCGCAGGGAUUUCUUGGAUGAUGAAGCAACAAAGAAAGUGAGAGGCGAUGUUGACACUUCAUUCAAAUUUGCAAGUGCUAAAGUUGAUGGAACAUUGCAGCUCAUUCGGUCAGGCACUGGAGCUCUAGUACACGAGUUCACAGAUGCGCACGAGUGGCUACGUGAAGUUAGAUUUUCACCUGAUGGUCAAACUCUUGUUGCUGGUGGCACAGACGGAAGGGUACAUGUUUAUCUAUCAGAUGAACACGGACAGUUUUCAUGCACGACCUCCAUGGUGCUUUCAAAUGGUGCUGCUAUCUGCGCUAUUGAUUUCACCGUUGACGGUCGGCACAUACAAGUUGCAGAUGAAGCUCGUACAUUAGUCUAUGGUGAUCUUCGUGUUGGGGUCAGUGUAACUGACCCUUCAACUUUACAAAAUGCCAGAUGGGCAACCUUCAGCUGUCUUUUUGGCUGGGCAACCGUCGGGGUACAUGCUGUUCUGGCAAAUCCAGAGGGUGGGGGGUACGAGACUAGUAGUAUUGACGUUCACGGAGACAAUAAAACAGUUCUCAGCUUAGUAUGCCUUGCCCGCUCAAAUUCAGCCAAAGUAGUCGCAGUAGGUGAUCACCAUGGAGUUCUACGGCUACUGCAGUACCCAGCUACAAGUGCGACUGAAUCUUCUGCUGAAAGAGUUGGAGUUGCUCACGUGGGGACGUUGCGCCGUCUGGCUUGGACUGACCAUGACUCACACCUUGUCACAGUCGGUGGCUUAGACCGGAACAUCUGCAUUUGGCGCUUUGUACCCGAUUCAGCAGAUUCAAUCUAUAAUUAUACCAUUGGAGCUAAUCAGACUGCUCAAGAUUAUGAUGACGCAAUAGAUGCUGAUGGUGGACGUGCUAUGGCCACUGCCAUUGAGCGUGCAUUUAAAGCAACUGUCUACCAUUUCGACGCUAAAAGGAAGUCGCCGAGAGCUCGAGAUGAUAAACAACACAACAUCACCGCUUGGAUGUCGGUGUUAACUCCACCUUCAAAUCUCGAAGAUGAAAAUCCAGCAUUACCACAGAUUUUGGUGACCUUGGAUUGCGCACAUGGCCAAAGAUCUGAUGAUAUUAGGGGGUGUGCUGCAUAUAACUCACAGGGCGGAAUUGUGUAUGCUUGUGGUGGGUUAGGAGUCGUAUAUGAUGCCAGGACACAUUCACAAUGCUUUCAUUUCCAUCAUCACAAGGGAGGUGCUCCAGAUUUUGACAUCUCAGAGAAAGGGGAUAUCAAGAAGAGUGCCUUAGCUGACAUAUGCUCAUUAGCCAUUACUGUUGAUGGGCAUUUUGCUGCAUCUGGAGAUCAAGGGAAAUUCCCACGUGUUCGGGUUUGGGAUGCCUUGACUGGAAACACAAUUUCUGUUCUUCCAAGACAUCUGCGGUGUGGUGUGCUGUUACUUUCGUUUUCAAAAAAUGGUCGGCAUCUGGCGGCUAUCGGUGGCGAUAAGGAUCAUUCAUACUCACUAUAUGUGACUAGAUCAGGGGGAUGGGAGGAUGGAACUAGAGUUGCUGUAGGGUCUGGCAUGCGAUCUCGUGUACACUGUGCAGCAUUUGUGGGUUAUACCAGUUAUCCGCUGUUUGUUGGUGCGUGUGAUACUGUAGAGUUUAUACGUCUAGCCGCAGCAGGCGGCAUACGGCGACAACGCGGUGAAUUUAACGAACAAAGAUGUCCAAAGAUGGCCAUUUUGUGUGUUGUGCGGGGACACCCGGUGAGUACCGAUAUUGGAUGUGGGGUUGAAAACAACGGCCUUGAUACCAAUUUUGAUUCUUUUGCUUUAACGGGAACUGGCGCUGGCUCAUUAUAUUUGUGGAUAGGCAAGGAAGUUGGUGAACACGUGCCAAAUGCACAUAAUGGACCAGUUUAUGCAAUUGCAAAAACCCAAAAAAGAAUUAUGUACGCAACAGCCGGGCGUGAUGGGGUUGUGAAGACAUGGAACAAUCGUUUGCAAACACUCCAAAGUUUUGAGCUUGCAAACAUGAAGAUCUCGAUAUUAAUUCCAAUUGCUGCAUCGUUGUGCUUUGGUGGUCAACAUGAAACCAGACUCCUGUUUAUUACACGAUCUGGCGAAAUGUGUGAGCUUGCGACCUCUUUUGGCUGCGCAGUACUUUUGACCGAAGCACAUGCUCGCCGCAAGAAGCAGGCAACAGAAGCUCAGGGCCUUGACGUGAACCCAGAAAGCAGUGAUGUUUAUGCAACUAGUGGAGAUGAUGGUUCGGUGCGCAUUUGGUCGUGUCUGUUGAAACGUUGUGUAAUGCGUGCAUCUCCAGACACUUUUGGUGGUGCUGCUGCGCGCUGUUGCUCCUGGGCUCCUAAUGGUGUUCAGCUCGCUGUUGGUCUUGGUGGUGACCCUAUGGACAAGGCCAGAGAUGGAACUUUGGUGAUGCUACGAAUUCAAGCUGGAGUCGCCAGACAGCGUCUUUGCCAUAUAGCGGGCACUAAAUUUCUUCUUACAGUGUGUGCUACCUGAGAUACUUGCUGAAAUUCGCAAAUCCAAGGCUCCUCUAGUUGAUAUUAAAUGGUGCCAUGAUGGUGACUUUUUUCUUGUUGCAUCUGAGGAUGGACGCGUUCUACAUCACGCGGAGUCCAGUGGUUCAUCCUUAGAUGUCGAGAUGGUAUGUACUAUAGGUAUACAUUCACAAUGCCCACGACUGCACUCUGAGGACGAUUUGUGCCAAUGCCGGAGCCCCCUUGACAUCGAUCGACAUGAGUGUUGAUGCUAGCCAUUUCCAAGUGGCCACCUGCACUAAUGAACUACAGUUUUACACCAUAGCUGACGGUACUCGAGUUCUAUCUCCCGCAGCUGUACGCGACAAGAAAUGGGCAACCAUCACAGUGCCAAUUGGCUGGAGCGUCCAAGGCUGCUGGAAACCAGAUGCUGAUAGAUCUGUAGAGCUCUUAGCAGCUAACAGCUUGGAAGAGUCGGCAAGAAUUCCCAGCUCCAUUCAAUUUGCAAAUAAUACGAGAUAUCUGGCCACCCCCCAUGUCACUUCCGUUCAUCGCUCACCCGAUCUGAAAUAUCUGGCUAAGGGAUGCAUUGAUGGCAGUGUCGCUGUUUACAACUACCCAACCCACGCCCCUGGAAUGUCCAUGAUAAAGGUUCUUGACGCCAGAUUCGUUAUCCUUACUGGUGCUGCUUUAGGUUCCUGGCCAUGGUUCAAGCAUUGCUAAGGUCAGGUUCACAAGUGACGGCAAGUAUUUAAUUGCCCUCGGAAGAUUCAAUCGCACGAUCACGCAAUAUAAAAUUCAACAGCUGGGUUAAACUGUGAAUCUCAUUAAUGCAACAUCUGCAAAUGUUGCCCAUCUUUCUCUCAGACUGCAAGCAUAUAUGGCUAAGGAAAGUUCAUAGCUUGCCCAGGUUAAGGGAGGGGGAUCGCGCAGAUACCGCUUGCUGGGGAACUUGGUCUCCUGAGGGCCCUCCAGUCAAGUGACAGCGGCGUGCAAGCUCUAUAGAAAGGGGUUCAGGCAAGGGGUUUGGGAUUCUUUUGUAAUAACCCCACUGGCAUAAAAUAUCUAAUCGCUCUCAGAAGAAUCAGAAGCAUCGCACCCGUCGGCGGGCCCGGGGGUUGCGGAACACCACCACUAAUAGCGAGGUCUGGUCGUCGUCUUGUCCGGAAAGCCAAUAUCACGACAUCGCGGUCGCGUUGAAUAUCAUCUACCGGCGCCUGCUCGGCGUGGAAGCGAAAACGGCUUCGGUCGCCGUCUGGCACGAACUGGGCGUCGCGUCCGUCGCAACUCGAAUAAACGCCGCGGCGUUGAAAUUCCGCAACAACAUCUUGUCGUUGGACCCUCGGGAUUUCCUCGUUCGCCGCGUAUACGACGGCCUGAUGAAUGAUUCUAAAGGUCGCGGUCGUCGAAGAACGGAGCUUUGUUCCUUGAAAAUCUGGCGUUAGAAGCGAAUUGGCCCGGGCCUCUGAAAAAACCGGCCGCGAAAAAGUUCGUCAAUGAAUUCGUCGCAUCGCGCCGAGUUUCCGAGCUCGCCGAUGGCUUCAAGGAAAUGUCGACUCUCCGCAACAUGGGCAAUUGGGUCGAGAAGGAACGUUUCGGCUUGCCGGAAUAUUUACUCAGAGCGUGCCCCGGGUCUCUUCGGGAAGGGCGGAGAUUGAAGACGAAGUUCCGAUUGGGUUGCCACGACCUCCGGAGUUCGAGCAGCCGAACGCAGCUUGUUCGUAACGCGCAAUGCCCUUGUUGUGAAUCUCGCGAGUCGGAAACAAUCCAACACACGUUGUUUGAAUGCGAGGCCUUUGAGGAAGAACGGCAGGCAUUUCUUGCGAGAUUAUACUCGGUUUGCCCCUCGGCACGGCGAUUGACCGAUGUGGGCCGAUGUCGCUUGGUCAUGGGGGACGAGUUACCCCGGGAGAUCGAAAAUCCGUUGUAUAGAUACCUUAUUGCUAUUUCGAGGCUCCGGUUGGGCAUCCUGACCGAGCAGGGAGAAGGCUCC